CCGCCCCCUCGGCUGGCCGCCAUCUUGUUGUUGAUCCGUACCUAGUGGGCAGCGCCGGGAGCAGGACCGAGUGCCCGGUGAGGGGCCGCUGCUGCGGGGCUCAGCCACCUGCGCUGCCUGCCAGGGGGCGGGCCGAAACCUGGAGGCCCGGGGGGCCCAGCUCCCGUGGGGAGCCGUGGGCGCCCGCUGCCCGGGCCGGGCCGGUGUCGCUCCUGCGACUGACUUUCAGACCGCUUGAGACUAAGACUAGACAAAACAAGCGAAAGCCCCCGCGAAACGGGCAGGCCAGUGUGACGGCCCUGUGAUUCUGGCUGAGCGAAGGCCCUCUGCCCGGCGCCUGCUACCUCUGCUCCUCGGAGCGCACCGUUGUCUUUUACCUGAAGGGCCUGGUUUAACGUCCAUGAUGCCCGAGUUUUAUUUUGGGACAUAAUUUCUGUGAUUCUAGACCAUCACUUUUUGGAGUUAUGGAAAGAAGAAUAAGCUGAACAGACUCUGACCAUUGGUUUUCAGCUCACCAGAACCUUCUGCCUAGCUCUCCUUUUGUGGCUCAUGUGCUGCAUCCUCUGCCCCCAGUGUGCAACCGGCCCCCAACGCAAUGUGUGUUUGUCAAACCAUGGAAGUGGGGCAGUAUGGCAAGAACGCAGGUCGGGCUGGAGACCGAGGAGUCCUCCUGGAGCCCUUCAUCCACCAGGUGUGGUGUCUGUCUGUUUUGAGGGAGACAGUGAUGGUUACAUUAACUUGGUGGCCUACCCUUAUGUGGAAAGUGAGACGGUGGAGCAGGAUGACACUCCAGAACGGGAGCAACCUCGGCGCAAACACUCCCGCCGGAGCCUGCACCGGUCAGGCAGUGGCAGUGACCACAAGGAGGAGAAAGCCAGCCUGUCCCUCGAAACCUCAGAGAGCUCCCAGGAGGCAAAGAGUCCAAAGGUGGAGCUCCACAGCCAUUCAGAUGUCCCUUUCCAGAUGUUAGAUGGCAACAGUGGUCUGAGUUCUGAGAAGAUCAGCCACAACCCCUGGAGCCUGCGCUGUCACAAGCAGCAGCUGAGCCGCAUGCGCUCUGAGUCCAAGGACCGAAAGCUCUACAAGUUCCUCCUGCUUGAGAACGUGGUGCACCACUUCAAGUACCCCUGUGUGCUGGACCUGAAGAUGGGCACCCGGCAGCACGGUGACGACGCAUCAGCGGAGAAGGCAGCCCGGCAGAUGCGGAAGUGCGAGCAGAGUACGUCGGCUACGCUGGGUGUCAGGGUCUGUGGCAUGCAGGUGUACCAGCUGGACACAGGGCAUUACCUCUGCAGGAACAAGUACUAUGGCCGUGGGUUGUCCAUUGAAGGCUUCCGCAACGCCCUCUAUCAGUACCUGCACAACGGCCUGGACCUGCGGCGUGACCUUUUUGAGCCCAUCCUGAGCAAACUGAGGGGCCUGAAAGCUGUGCUGGAGCGGCAGGCCUCCUACCGCUUCUACUCCAGUUCCCUGCUUGUCAUCUAUGAUGGCAAGGAGUGCCGGGCUGAGUCCUACCUGGACCGCCGGUCUGAAAUGCGUCUCAAGCACCUGGACACAGGGCUCCCUGAGGUGGCUUCACCCUGUGGCCCUAGCACCAGCCCCAGCAGCACCAGCCCCGAGGCGGGCCCCUCCUCUCCACCCAAGGUGGAUGUCCGCAUGAUCGACUUUGCACACAGCACGUUCAAGGGCUUCCGGGAUGACCCUACUGUGCAUGAUGGGCCUGACCGAGGCUAUGUGUUUGGCCUGGAGAACCUCAUCAGCAUCAUGGAACAGAUGCGGGACGAGAACCAGUAGGCCCAACUCUGGGUCCCCAGAACCCCUUCCUCUCCACCCGCAGGCAGGGACCAUUGCUCUGAACUCGCCGUGAGGACACACAGACUUGCUUUUAAAGGGUUAUAUUUCUCUUUGGUGUAAACUAAAAGAAAUGUUUUUAGCUGUAGCCUGGAAUCCAUAUAUAUAAAGUGAAGGAGGGCAGAACACAUCCCUUCAGCCAGGCUUCUUAGUUCUACGGCUCUGCUGUGUCCAGGCUGACUUAGGAAGGAAGAGGGGCCCCUGGUGGGCUUGCCAACAGGGAUAGAUUACCCUUGGACAUUGGUUUCUCUUGCCUAGGUCUUUGGGGUCUGUCGCUGCAGAGUCCUGCUGGUUGUGAUGUGAAGCCUUGUGUUGGCGCAGGGCCCAUCCAUGCUCACUCAUCCCUUAUUCCUCGGAUGUAGAGGGAUUGGGUGCCCAUCUCUUGGGGGACUUUGUAACUUGUGGGUAUCAGCCAGCUCUUAUAACAGAUGUCCCCAGGGCACCAUAGGGCCAAGUGGACACAGCUGGACCCAUCCUUCUUGGUUCUGAUUUUGGCUUGAGUCUAGAUUCAUGAAGCUGUGCUGAAGCCAGCUUAUGACAGAGGGCAGGCCCUGGGGUCCCCAGGCACUCUUUGGCACUUGAACCUGCUCCUCCUCCUGCCUGCACACCCUAGCCUGCCUUUCUCACCAAUAUCCCUUGCCUAUGGAGGCUGGCUACCCACUCAUGCCCUACUGGAGGGGGCCUUGCUCUGUUUGCUGAGUGUUCCAGCAGGCCGUGGCGCCUCUGGUGGCUCUUGCCCAGACAGUAUUUCCAAUUCUUGUGCUGUGGGUAGGAGUCGUCUUCCUCUAUUUGGGCAGCUGUGGGAUGGGCUGCUCCUCCCAGGGCUCAAAGGCUGUGGUCUGCUCAGGGUCUCACCUCUCCCCAGGCCAAGCUCCAGGAGGAGCUCCAGGCUUGUGAGGGAGAACUUUAAGCUUGUUGGCUUAUAGGGAUAUUGUCUGGGCCCUGGGUGCAGGUACCCAGGUUCUGCUACUGAGAGUUUUGUCUUAUCAGUACUGGGGUCCAUCUGUCUGUUUGUCCAUCUGCCAGCUCCUGUUUCUUGGGGUCUUUCCCUGGGGUGUAGCUUUGUUCGUUAGUAAAUACUGAUUUCCUUCAUUCCUCCCUCAGAGGAAUAUUCUCUUUACCAUUUCUGAGGUUAGCUUUUGCCCCUCUGCCCUUCUUCAGCAGGUGCUACCUUUUUACAAAGAACUGGUAGCAAGAUAAACUGGAGGAGGUGUUUCCCUGCUGGCCUAGCACCCUCUCUGUGAGCCUGGAGUGUGGCCUCCUCAACACUCAGCACUGACAGUGGCACAGUGAAGGCCCAAGGGGUGACCCCUGCCUUUCGCAUGGUUUUAGUUUUUGCUGCCAGCCCUUAAUGGAAUAGAGACCUGUCCCUUCUGACAUAUGUGACCAGGAUGUGACACUGCACUCAUCCUUUGUCGAGGUUAGUGCCCUCACUACCGAGCCUAGGGCCACUGUCAUUGUCACUUUUGGCAUGUCCCUGUUUGGGCAUUAAAAGUAAGCCUGCUAGCCUGUGUCUGUGAGAGGACUAACUUCCUGGCCCUUAGAGUUGCAGCCCCACAUCUUAAUUAGGGCUCCUUGAUGGGAUCCCAUCUCUCUCGGCCCUCUCUCUCACCUUGGUGCCAGUGGUGGGCAGGUUCCCAUUCCUUGGGGCUAGGAGGGACAACUUGUUUGUUUGUGGUCAGUAAUGACCAUCUUCUCUCCUGUGAUAAUUCUGUGGCUACAGCCAUAGGGGCAGUAGCUCUUCAUUAAUGUGGAUAGUCAUUUCCUGGUAGGGCAGAGGGUAAGACAAAGGGUCUGGGGCCACUUGGGACCCCCUUGAUGUAACCUGUCCAGCCUGGGGGCGUGCUCUGCCUCCCGAGUUCCUGUGUUUUGGGAGCAAUGCUGCCCCAUUCCAUUCUUCAUAGAGAGAGAGGCUGUAUGCACUUACAGUCACUGUUUUCCUGGCACCAAAAAAAGCAGGGCUGGGAUUUGCUGCUUCUCCCUCAGGGCAGGGCCCCUCUUUUCAGCACUUUUGAACACUUAGGAGACUCAGAACUGUUACCUGGUGGGUGGUGGGCAUGUGUCUGCACACGCUAUUGCUCCCUGCUUCAUGCCAGGGAGCCCUGUUUCUGCUGGGCCGUGCCUUCCCAGCCCCAACUUGGGACCAAAGUGCAAGAUGGGAUCACGGGUUGGGGCGCUCAAGUGGCCCCUCUCUAUUAUAGUGCUUCCCUGGGCCAAGUCGAACCAGCCCCCUAGCGGGGAGGAAUGGGCGGUGCUUAAAGAGGAAGGGGACCAGUGUAGCAACUUGCCGGGGACCCCACCCCUCCCUCACAUCGGGCCUGUGCAGUGGGCGUGGGGAUUCCCCCUAAGGGGCCAAAGGCCUGGGCUAUUUAUUUCAGGCAGGAGCUGCUGCUGACUCACUCACAUCUGGCCAUGGGCACCACCCCUAGAUGCAGAUUGCUUUGAACUUUAAAGCUGUUUAAUUUGUUUUUGUUUGUGCCGGUUUAAAAAAUGUUUUAAUUGGGAGAACCCUGGGGAGAGCCUGGUUCCUUUGCUUCUUGGGGAACUGUAAGGCCUCGCCUCGAGGACCUCUCUGCUCCACUCUUCUGGAAGCUGCCUAAGCUUGUCCAACACCGCCCGAGCCCUGCGCCCUGAUACGACACAUGGCUCCGCUUCUGGGCAGGUUGCCUUUUCUCGGGACCUUGCGUGCGGGGGAGGGGGUGCUCCAGCCUUGGGCCGAGCCCGUCCCUUUCUGUACACCUAGCGCUGCCCGCCCCGCUUGUGUCUGAGGUCGUGUCUGUCAAAAUAAAGCCGCUAGAAACUGA